AUGUCAGAACAAAAUUCUAAAAAAAAUUAUCUGGAACACUUACCACCCGAAAUAUUACAAGAAAUAUUUAUCCUGGCUGGCAACCCAUCACUAGUACUAGUCUCAAGAAUGUUUUACUAUGACUUAUCACAUUCACCACAAACAAAUAUCAUAAAAACUAAAUGGUUAUUAUAUAAAUUUGAUUUUGAUUAUAAGAAAUCGUUAUAUCGAGGAUUAAGCGGAAAUAACAUCAUACAUAGUAAUAGCAUAGAUAACACAUUUAGUAGUACUGAAAUCAUCAGCACAGACAUAAUCGCUAACACUAAUACUUUCAAUGUUAGUACCUCAAACAACAUCUCUAAUGCCAUCGUCAUCGACAACAGGUCGAAACAAAUAGCGAGAACGAAUGAAAAAAUAGAAACCCACAUACCAAUGAAAGAUCGAUUACUACCACAUUCUGAAAUCCUUGAAUUGGUAGAAAUAUUAUUAAAACGUGGUGCGUCGCCAAAUGAUCCAAACAGUUAUCCGUUAACAAAAUCUUGUCAGAUAAAUAAUCUAGACAUGGUAAAAUUAUUGUUAAAAUAUAAGGCUGACCCAACUAUUAUAUCUUUACAAAUUGCUAUAAAAUAUAACAAUGAACCAUUGAUUAAUUUGUUGAUUGAAUCGGGGAUAAAAAUUGAUAAUAAAUUGAUAACUUUUGCCGAGUCUAAAGCUUCUAUUUUCCCGCAAACAAUUGAAUUAUUAAAAACUUUACAACUUAAACAACUUAAAAAUUAA